AUUCCAAUUUUGUACUUGGCAAUGCACAAAGAAAAUCUUAUCCGAUUGUUUAUUGUUCCGAUGGAUUUUUAUUGUUAACUCAUUAUUCACGAGCAAAUGUCAUGUCACGUAGUAGUGUAUGCCAAUUUCUCUGGGGUUCCGAAACCACACCCACAGUUCGUAUGGAAAUCAAUCAAGCAUUUCAUAAUCAUUAUGAAUAUAGAAAUCGAGUGGUUUUCUAUACACGUACAGGUGAACCAUUCACUUGUGAUUUUACAGUAACACCAAUAAGAAAUGAACGAUCAGAAGUUGUUCUAUUCCUUUGUUGUUAUCAACAAAUAACUAAAGAUUCAAUUUAUUCGAAUAAUAAACAUUUUAAAAUGAAUCAUUCAAAAAUGCAUUCUGUACUUACAUGGGCAUCAGAAUUACCAUUUUCUAAAAGUUAUCUACAAAUGAGAAAUAAUAAUUGUGUAAAGAGUAGUAGUAGUAGUAGUAGUAGUAGUAGUAGUAGUAGUAGUAGUAGUAGUAGUAGUAGUAGUAGUAGUAGUAGUAGUAGUAGUAGUAGUAGUAGUAGUAGUAGUAGUAGUAGUAGUAGUAGUAGUAGUAGUAGUAGUAGUAGUAGUAGUAGUAGUAGUAGUAGUAGUAGUAGUAGUAGUAGUAGUAGUAGUAGUAGUAGUAGUAGUAGUAGUAGUAGUAGUAGUAGUAGUAGUAGUAGUAGUAGUAGUAGUAGUAGUAGUAGUAGUAGUAGUAGUAGUAGUAGUAGUAGUAGUAGUAGUAGUAGUAGUAGUAGUAGUAGUAGUAGUAGUAGUAGUAGUAGUAGUAGUAGUAGUAGUAGUAGUAGUAGUAGUAGUAGUAGUAGUAGUAGUAGUAGUAGUAGUAGUAGUAGUAGUAGUAGUAGUAGUAGUAGUAGUAGUAGUAGUAGUAGUAGUAGUAGUAGUAGUAGUAGUAGUAGUAGUAGUAGUAGUAGUAGUAGUAGUAGUAGUAGUAGUAGUAGUAGUAGUAGUAGUAGUAGUAGUAGUAGUAGUAGUAGUAGUAGUAGUAGUAGUAGUAGUAGUAGUAGUAGUAGUAGUAGUAGUAGUAGUAGUAGUAGUAGUAGUAAUGAAAUGACAUGA